GGCACCGCUGCCGGCUCCAAGCAGCAGCCGGCUGGGGGCCGGAGCCGCUCCAAUCCCGGCAGCUGGGACCACGUGGUGGGGCAAAUCCGCAACCGCGGCUUGGACAUGAAGUCCUUCCUGGAAGGCCGGAUGGUGGUGUUAUCCCUGGUUUUGGGACUCUCAGAGCAAGAUGACUUUGCCAAUAUCCCUGACCUGCAACCCGCUGGGACGCAGCCGAACCAGCCGAACGCUCAGGGGGACAAGAGGUUGCCGGCCGGCAGCAAGGCGGUGAGCACAGCACCAACGCCUGGGCAGGCACCACAUGAUGAGUCCGACCGCAAGACGGAGCCACACUCCUCAGUCUCCGACCUGGUCAACUCCCUGACCAGUGAGAUGCUCAUGCUCUCCCCAGGCUCUGAGGACGACGAGGGCCAUGAAGGCGUCAGCCGGGAGAACCUGGGCCGCAUCCAGUUCAGCGUCGGCUACAACUUCCAGGAGUCCACCCUGACUGUCAAGAUCAUGAAGGCACAGGAGCUGCCCGCCAAGGACUUCAGCGGCACCAGUGAUCCCUUCGUCAAGAUCUACCUGCUCCCUGACAAGAAGCACAAGCUGGAGACCAAGGUGAAGCGGAAGAACCUCAACCCGCACUGGAAUGAGACCUUCCUCUUUGAAGGGUUCCCCUAUGAGAAAGUGGUGCAGCGGGUGCUGUACCUCCAGGUCCUGGACUAUGACCGCUUCAGCCGCAAUGACCCCAUUGGGGAGGUGUCCAUCCCCCUCAACAAGGUGGAUCUCACCCAGAUGCAGACCUUCUGGAAGGACCUGAAGCCGUGCAGCGAUGGCAGCGGAAGCCGUGGUGAGCUGCUGCUGUCGCUGUGCUACAACCCAUCCGCCAACUCCAUCGUGGUGAACAUCAUCAAAGCGCGUAACCUCAAAGCCAUGGACAUCGGGGGCACAUCAGAUCCCUACGUGAAGGUGUGGCUGAUGUACAAGGACAAGCGGGUGGAGAAGAAGAAGACGGUGGUCAUGAAGCGGUGCCUGAACCCCGUCUUCAACGAGUCCUUCGCCUUUGACAUCCCCACGGAGCGACUGCGCGAGACGACCAUCGUCAUCACCGUCAUGGACAAGGACAGGCUGAGCCGCAACGAUGUCAUUGGCAAGGUAUCUCUCUUCUUCAUGUGA